ACAACUACGGCUCCUUGCCGAAGAUUUUCAAUUAACACUAAAUCCCCAAAUUUCCAUGAGCGACUUCGAAUUAGCGAAUCUGAAUGCACUUCGUGGAUCAUUUGAUGGAAUAUCAAUUCGUGGAUGCCUCUUUCAUUUUACUCAGAACAUUUUUAAGAACGCAGUGAACCGAGGUCUCAGAAUACCCUUCUUCGACCUAGAGGACCCAACUAUACGUAAUCAAGUGAGAUAUCUUAUGGCUCUUCCUUUCAUUCCUCUGGAAGAUCUGAUGGAAACAUAUGACAUGCUGGAAGCUGAUUUCGAAGAUGAGCGAGUAUUGGACUUGGCGGAAUAUUUCGAAGAAACUUAUCUUCGAGGUCGCCCCGCGAGAGGUCGAAGACGAGCAACUCCUCCGAGAUAUCCACCGCCUACCUGGAAUGUGUAUCAAUCUGUGUUAAAUAGACAAGCGCGAACGAAUAACAAAGUUGAAUCAUUCCAUUCUCGCUUCCAAAGAAUAGUUGUCGCACAUCACUUAAACAUUUGGCGGUUUAUUGGCGAGCUGCAGAAAGAACAAGAUACAGAAGCAGCUGUCACACAACUACUAGGAGGGCAUGGACAUCUUAGAGACCCGAUAAAUUCAACGUAUGUUCGAAACCAAAGACGCGUUGAGACGAUGGUUGGAAAUUACGAAGAAUACAAGCAGCAAAACAAUGUCCGUACUUACUUGCGGGCGAUUGCUAACAAUCUCAAGCAAAGGGCGGAUGAGACUCGGACAGACUCGGAAGGCGGCGAUGAUUAGCCACAUCAUGAACAGACAGCAUGUAAAAGUAUGAAUUUAAUUUUUCCCACAAAAUAAAUAUUACCUUGGACCAAAAACUAACGUGGACUAAGUUAACUAUUGGUUAAAAAACUAUUGGUCCAAAAUUUUAUUGGACAAAUUUCAGCAACGGAACAAACAAUUGUUGGACCAAACAAAAUUGGGUAAAGUGUCUGGCCACCUUGAUAACUACUGUGACGUUUCGUGCUUCUUUUGACAUUUUAACGACUGUGCAGAGAGUGCAGUAUGGAGUUCGAGCUUAUAAAAAGCAACCGAGGUAACACAAUGAUUUCCUUUGAAAAUAAUACACUUAAAAAAGGCAGGCAACUGAAAAGUGGGCUGAUUCCUUGGCGCUGCAUUAUCGAUUCAUGUUCAGCAGGUUUUAUGACGGACGCCAAGAUGGAAAAACUUGUAUCGGCGAAGGAAGACAGCCACAACCACGAAGACAAAAAAAAUGAAAUUCAGCGGCAAAAAAUUAGAGCCACGUUAAAACGCAAAGCAACUGAAAAUUUAGGAGAA